GCCGUGGGGCAGCUGCGACGCCGCUGGGGACCGGUGGCCCUUCUGAGCCCCCUCCCCACCAUGUUUCUGCUGCCUUGCUCCGCCCUCGCCCUCCUCCUGCUUACCUUCCUGGCUCUGGAGCCACCCCCACGCCGCCCCUCACCCUCCAACCCUGCGUUCUGCCGCUUCCAGCGGGAAUUCCUGCUGGGAUACCUCCCGGCGCUGGCUGCGGACUGGCUGCAGGGCCCACUGCUGUUCCAGCUGCUGCAUAGCCGAGGCUUCCUGCGCAGCCAGAUCGCUGCCCUCUACUCCUGCGGCUUUGCCUCCAACGUCACCUUUGGCCUUAUCUCUGGAGUUUUUGUGGAUCGGCUUGGCCGGAAAAAGUCCUGUGUGUUGUCCUCGGGGCUGUGCUCCGUGUCCUGCCUGCUGCAGCUCUCCCGGGAUUUCCUGGCACUGGCAGCUGGCCGGGUCCUGGCGGGGCUCGGCACCUCUCUGCUCUUCUCUGCCUUUGAGUCGUGGUACAUCCAUGAGCACCUGGAGCGCCAUGACUUCCCAGCCGAGUGGAUUCCCAGCACCUUCUCCCGUGUGGCACUCUGGAACAGUGGCCUGGCCAUGGCAGCUGGCCUGGUAGCUGAGCUGGUGGCUGAGGGGCUGGCGCUGGGCCCUGUGGCCCCAUUCCUGGUGGCCGUGCCCUUCCUGGCACUCUCAGGGAUCUUUGCUGGGAAAAACUGGGAUGAAAACUAUGGGAAGAGCCGGCCCUGCAGUAAGGCCUGUGGAGAAGGCCUUCGGGGCCUCCUAUCUGAUCCGCGAGCGCUGCUCCUGGGGCUGGUCCAGGCCCUUGUGGAGAGCAUCCUCCUCAUCUUUGCCUUCCUUUGGACACCUGUCCUGGAGCCUCAUGGGAUCCCACUGGGAAUUGCCUUCUCGGGAUUCAUGGCUGCCAGUGCUGUGGGCUCAGCCCUGUUCCGGCGUGGAGUCACUGGGAGGCUCCGGCUGCAGCCGCUGCAGCUCCUGCCCAGCUCUGUCCUACUCCUGGCACUGGCUCUUCUGGUCCUGGCACUGCCACUGUACCCACCCUGUGACUUCCUUGCCGUGCUUGUGCUGCAGCUCUCCUGUGGGAUUUACUUCCCAGCCAUGGCAUUCCUGCGGCGCCGGAUGGAGCGGGGAGGGGAUGCGGCAGGAGGAGCGCGGUGGCUGCGGCUGCCCCUUGGCCUGGGGGUGUCACUGGUGCUGCCAGCACUGCCUGGUGACCCCAUGGGGACACGGGGGGUGUUUGGGGCUGCAGCCCUGGCGGCGCUGGUGGCACUGGGCGCAGCUGGGGGGGUCCUGGGCACCACCCGUGGGGAUGAGGGGCUGAAGGUAGGGGGCGAGGGGCUGCUCGAGGGGGACACUGGGGAGUGACGAGGACAUUGGGACAGGGACACUGGGACAGCUCAGCUGGGAUGUGAUGUGAUGGGGACACUGGGACAGUUUGAGGAUGUGUCAGGAACACUGGGGGUGAUGGGGACAUGGACACUGAGACAGCUCAGUGAGGACACCGGGGUGUGACUGGGACAGCUUGACAGGAACAUAGGGGUGUAAUGGGGAUGUUGGGGUGUAAUAGGAACAGGGACACCAGAAUGUGACUGGGAUACCAGGACAGCUUAGUGAGGACACUGGGGUGUGAUAGGAAUGGGGAUGCUGGGGUGGCACAGGGACACCAAGACAGCUCGGUGAGGACACCAAGGUGCAACAGGGAGACCGACAGAAUGCGACAAGGACAGAGACACUGGGAUGUGACAGUGGCAGAAGCACGAAGACAGCUGUACAGCGACACAGGGACAGUUUGAUGGAACAUUGGGAUUUGACAGGGACAAGGACAGUAAUACCUGGCUGGGACAGGAAUAUUGGGAUAGCUCAACAGGAACACCAGGGUGUGACAGGGUCAGGGACAUGGGAAGAGCCCAUGGGGUCACCAGGCAGUGAUGGGGUCACAGUGUCACCCCCCAUGCUGAACUGUGAGUGACAGAAACAGACAGCCAGUAGGGACACUGAGCUGUGGUGGGUCACAGUGUCACCCCACAGUGGACUGUGGGUGACUGGGAUGCCUCCUUAGGCCACUGAACUGUGAUGGGUCAUGGUGUCAUUCCACAAUGGACUUUGGGUGACAAGACACUGGGGCACCCCACUGGUGACAUUCAGCUGUGAGAGGUCACAGUGUCACCCGCAUAAUGAAGUGUAGGUGACAGUGACACUGGGACACCCCAAUGGUGACCUGUUGUCACCCCCACAAUGAACUCUGGGUGAGAACAUGGGGACACCGCAAGGUGACACUGAGCUGUGACAGAUCAUGGUGUUACUCCUAUAACAAGGUGACACCCCCAGGUGACACCCAGGCUGUAAAAGGUCACAGUGCCACCUCCCCCAAAGUACAGCAGGGGGGACAUGGAGACACCAGGCCAGGUGUGGUCUGUGACUGACCUCGUGUGGUGUCAUGGGGGGAGGCGUGUGUGUAUUAAUUACUUAAUUCAUUUCUAAUAAAUCCACCCAAUAGA